CGUCAAUCCCAUUCACAUCUCACUGUGUGGCUCCCCGGAAAUAGUCCUUCGCGUCGUCGCUGCCAUUUCCUUCUUCAUCACCACUUCGAUCAUUAAUCCCUUUCUCUGCUGUGUCCUCAAUUUCUUCUCUCUUUCGUACUCAUAACUUUCUCUGGGAGAUUCAACACUCGUCAUUAGCAAUGGUGAGAAGCAGAAACAAGAGUUUACAGGCCAAACUGGUGGGUACUUCUUGGGCACAUGGGAACAGGGAAGACAAGCCUGGUUCUGAGAUUUGUGAAGGGGCAAUUUUCUGAGUACCAGGAAUCAACAAUAGGAGCAGCAUUCUUCACACAAGUGUUGUCAUUAAGUGACAGCACCGUGAAGUUUGAUAUAUGGGACACAGCAGGCCAGGAACGUUACCACAGUUUGGCUCCUAUGUAUUAUCGUGGUGCUGCUGCUGCUAUUGUUGUUUAUGACAUCACCAGCAUGGAUUCAUUCAUACGAGCCAAGAAGUGGGUUCAGGAAGUGCAACGACAAGGAAAUCAAAGUAUGAUAAUAUUUUUGGUGGCUAACAAGGCAGAUUUGGAAGACAAGAGAGAGGUGUUAAACGAGGAUGGAGAGCAAUAUGCCAAAGAAAACGGCAUGACUUUCAUGGAAACUUCAGCUAAAACUGCUCAGAAUGUAAAUGAGCUCUUUUAUGAAAUAGCGAAGAGAUUGGCAAAAGCUAACCCUUCACGUCAAACUGGGAUCAAGCUGCAUAGCAGACCUCAACAAGAAAAUAGGAGACGAUUCUUUUGUUGUGCCUGAUCAUUACUUCUCUUCUUAUCUUCUUUUGCUGGUUUUCUUUCCUCCUUUCCAAGUAUUUGCUCAGUUAUCAUAUGUCUAUUACACUCCACAAUAAAACCUCAAAAUUUAUGUUACUUCACUGGGGGACCACUUGCACAUCAUCUCGCAGGAGCAAAAUUACAUAUGCCCCUCUUCCUCAUCCGACUCAAAUACCAUCACCAACAUUUGUUUUGUGUACAAAGAUCAUUGUGCAAGCUGAAAAAUGUUUGUGGAGAGUAUUUCUGCUCUUCUUAUAUCAAAACUAAUUCCAUUUUGUGUGGCUUUAUAAGAGGCUGGCUUAUUUUAUUGUAUGAUUGUAAUUUUUUAUUAAAACAACAUUGAUAUGUU